AGUAACUCUCUCCUCAUCCAUCCUUCCCUCAAGCCCAUCUACCUCGCCUUUUUGUCUACCCUCCAAACCUCAAAACGCCUCCCCCUCCCUCCCUCUCUCUCUCUCUCUCAUUUCCUUCUUUUAACUAAAUAGCUGAGAAGUCUCUUCCCCCCGCCACCUAGCAAUGUGCAAGGGAGCAACUAGUUCGCCUAGCAAGCUGAGGUGGUACUUGAAGGCGCCCAUGAGAGCUCUGUGCCGUGCUAGAGAUUUCUACGUCCAUAGUAUGACGGGCUGUGUGGGCCGGGUGGAGAGGGGGGCUAUCAGGGGCAUGCCGGCGGGGAUGGUGUCGGCGAUGCCGCGAAGCCAGAGCCAAGGGUUCUACCGGCAGCAGGGCGGCAGCACCGAGGACGACAUCCGGGAGCUCAUCCGGCUGGCGGACAAGGCCAGGCAGCCCGGGUCGAAGGACGGGGUGGUGCCCAGGAGCCAGAGCGUGGCCACCUUGAGGAUUGAUGAGGACCGGCCCUGCGAGUUCGAGGGCCUGGAUAUGGUCCCUCGGAGCAAGAGCUGUGCCGUUGCUGGGAACAACAAGAGGAAGGACGUGGGCGUAAUUGCUUGAAGGUGCGCCAUGUUGGAGCGACGCCCAGAAGAAUUUUGAAAUGUUGUAGCCGAUUGAGAUUUCAACAAGGUUUCCUCGCACCAUGAGGCCAUGAGACAACGAUGGUUGCUGAAGUGGGAGAACUCCUCAAGAGUUCUUGCUGCUGCUAGCUUGUUCGUAUUGUUUGUUUCCUUCCAUUUGCCCUUCUGGCUCGAGGUUUGUGUGUGAACAUAUACUUGGGGCUUCUUGGCGUCUUUCCGUCUUCAGCCGUACGUGUUCCCAUGGCCCACGUCUUGCUGUUCCUCCGGAAUUAUGUGUAAUUAAUAGAUGGGCUGCUUGGAAAUUUCAUAGGACUAUAUUCAAACCUUGUUAUUCCUCAAAAAAAUAUAUUCAAACCUUGUUGCAGUUUUGUUGUGGGAAGUGGGGCCUUUUCUUGUU